AUGGAGACUUUCGAAACCUCCUCCCAAGAAGCCCUCUCGGAGCAUCACGAAGCUAACUUGCCACCGGUUGAUAGAGGUAAAAGAGCAUGGCUUUUCCUCGCAGCAUGCUUUGUCAUUGAAGCUUUAAUUUGGGGUUUCACCUUUUCUUUUGGAAUUUUCCAGGAUUACUACUCCACUCAUGAACCGUUCAAGAGCUCUGGUGACAUUGCCAUUGUCGGGACUUGUGCAAUGGGUAUCUCCUAUAUGUUGCUCCCUGUGGCAUUCAUCCUGUUGCAAGUGAUGCCCCGUCUCAAGUUGUGGGCUGCCCCAGUUGGGUUUAUCAUUAUGUGCCUUGCGCUUUCCUUGAGCUCUUUUGCAACAAACACUACCCAUCUCAUUGUGUCUCAGGGUGUUGCAUAUGGCAUUGGUGCUAGUCUCGCAUAUGCACCGACAAUCAUAUUCAUGGACGAAUGGUUCGUGCGCCGAAAGGGACUCGCAUUCGGAAUUAUGUGGGCUGGUACCGGUCUUUCGGGUGUCAUUCUCCCCAUUGUCCUGCAGUGGAUGCUAGAUACAUUCGGUCACAAAACGGCACUGCGCGCCUGGUCCAUCAUUCUCCUACUUAUUGGUGGUCCGCUUCUCACAUUUCUUCGACCACGACUUCCAAUCUCUCGUGCGUCGCACACCAAGCCACUGGACUUCCGCUUCCUGUUGGACUCGACAUUCCUAAUUUACGAAUCUGGAAAUAUCAUGGAGGCAAUGGGCUAUUUCCUUCCCACUAUUUAUCUUCCCACUUACGCCAAGAGUCUGGGAGCCAGCGGUAUCGAAUCUACUUUGACCGUCAUGGUCUUCAACCUUGCAUCCGUCUUUGGGUGCGUCAUUAUGGGCUCGUUGGUUGAUCGGUACCACGCUACAACGUGCAUUUUGGCUUCGACUGUUGGCAGUACUAUUGCCGUAUUUUUGAUAUGGGGCUUGGCUGAUAGCCUGGCGCCACUGUACAUUUUCUGCAUCUUUUACGGGCUGUUUGCUGGCUCGUUCACUUCUACCUGGCCAGCGGUCGUGAAUGAGGUGAAGAAGAAGAGCAUCUACACUGACCCUAGUCUUAUCCUUGGACUUCUCUCGACUGGAAGGGGUAUUGGUAAUAUUGUCAGUGGACCGUUGAGUGGGGCUUUGCUUGAUCAGCGUUCUUGGGAGGGCGUUGCUGGGAAGGCAUACGGUACUGGUUAUGGGCCUUUGAUUGUCUUUACGGGUGUUUCUGCUUUUCUGGGUGGUCUGGGCGUUAUGGCUAGAUGCACAAUACGCUCCUAG